AUGGCCAUGUCAACGUCGAGAACUAGGUUAUUUCCACGAACCACUGUACAUCGUUUGCCGGGCUCACAGCCCUCGAUCUCAAAACGUGUGCACGUACCAGCUGGGUCCAUUACUUUGUUUAAAUACAAACAAUACAAGUUUAUUAUGCGAUUCAUCAUUAUUGUUGCAGCCAUUGUGACAACGUUUGCCCUAGUUUACGCGGGCAGUCCAUACAAGUGGGCUGACUUCCAAAAAGAUGUGAGUGCUAGUAUAAAACAAGUGCUCCAGGGUUCGCGCAAAAAUUGAGGAGGAGAGAAAAUAUAUUAGCGAGUUAACCCAGGUGCAAAAACUGGCAUUUAUUGAUUUUAGUGAUUCCGCUGAAUAUAUUUUCAAGGAUUUGUCGGAUAUUCUUAAAAAUAUAUAAACUGAAUGUGUUUAUUUUAUAAAUUCAAAUUUUUAAUAAUAAACAAGUUAAAUUUUCCUUCACA